AUGGCUCUGUUGCGGCUAGAAGAAGUUCCACAAGACAAAAUGCGAGACGAGUACACCAUGGAGCAACGGCCAUUUCUGAUUGACGGGCGUCUGGAGAUGGAUUGGGAUUCAAGACGGCGUCAGCCAUGGAUAGAAGACGUCCAACAACGAUGGGAAGGACUUGACGAUUCGAAUCGCGCACCACGUUUUUGUAGAUUGUGGUUUCUGGAAGUAUGGAUACUUUUUCAGUUUUUUGAGCGAAAAAUCUGA